ACUUCAAAACCAGUUUUAAGAACCCAGCCCAAAGCUUUUAAGUGUUACUGUCAUCCACAUAGUCCAUACAAGAUUUAUUAUUUCUAAAGGUUACUAAUGAAAGACUAUUGAGGCACCGAUACACCAGAUUGUCUGCAGGCAUGACUGCGUCACUGAGGACAAGCCAAUUCAAGUUCGUUGCCUAUGAAAUUAACAUUCCUAUUAUUAUGGCACGCUUAAAAGGCAUCACCCUGGUUCUAAUCUGCGUCUGCAUUCUGCAGCAUUUCCUGCAGGUGAAUGCUCAAGGGAAGAAGGGAAAAGGAAGACAGAAGCAGCACAGCCCGUAUCCAAAGCCAACAGCACUUCCUCGUAAUCCUAAAAAGAGUGGCUCGAAAGACUCUAAAGUUGACGCUGUGCUAUUCAAAAGCAGGUUUUCGAAUAAAGACGGGACACGGUGCACUUGGGUGGCCACAGAAAGCAGCAUCGACGGUGGCGGUGCAUUUGUCUUGAGUGUCACAUGCAAAAAGGGCACUGAGAAGAGUCUCCAGUGCGAGUACACAGCUAAACCCAGGCUGUGUCCUGAAUACACGUCCAACGUCGGCGCGUUCUGGAAGCAGAUCGGCCGCUCGCUCAAGAAAGAUAAGAAGUUAUGCCUUGAUGCCAAAGCUCUGCUCAAAGCCAGAAUAUGCAGAAAAGCACCUAAGGGUGCACACUUUGCUCUCAAAACCACAGGAAAGGUCCGCCAGACACCUGCAAGGAAGAACAAGCCAUGUCCCAACCUUAAAAGUAGAGAACAAUUGGCCGAGGAGUAUUGCGGCAGCUCCUGGUCUUCAUUCUGUACCUUCUUCUUUGCUAUGGUUGAGACGGAGGAUUGCUGAAUGAGACACUUAGAAAAGUUAAUGCUACAAGGUUCAUGUAAAACAGGAAAGUCUGUAUUUUUCUUAAAUGAGAUUCACAGUCACUGUGUUUGAUCCACAUCUUUCUACACUGGAGAAUUUCACUAUAUGGUCUUUAGUCUUGGGCAGCAUGGUGGCUUAGUGGUUAGCACUGUUACCUCACAGCAAGAAGGUCCUGGGUUUGAAUCCGGGGUCUUUCUGUGUGGAGUUUGCAUGUUCUCCCCGUGCUUGCGUGGGUGUACUCUGGUUUCCUCCCACAGUCCCAAAACAUGUACAUUAGGUGGAUUGGUAAUUCUAAAUUGCCCAUAGGAGUGAGUAGUUUUCUGUCUAUAUGUGUGGCCCUGUGGUGGACUGGUGACCUGUCCAGGGUGUACCCCUGCCUUUCGCCCAAUGUGUGCUGGGAUAGGCUCCAGCAGAUCCCCGUGUAGUCUUUACAUUUUAGAUUUAUGUUUCUGCCUUAUCUAGAUCGACUUAAAUUUUAUCUCAUUUUAUACAUCUGAGCAAUUGAGGUUUAAAGGCCUUGCUCAAGGAUCCAGCUGGUCAAAUCCCAGCUGAGAUUUGACCUCACAACCUUCCGAUCAGGAGUCCAACACCUUAAGCACUAAGCUACCACUUCCCUUUUUGUGUGCUGUAGCAUUAUAAUUUAUUAUAAUUAUAAUAUAUAAAAUGGAGGCUCAAUCCUGUUCCAGCAAGACUGUGCACAAGGCAAACUCCAUGAAGACAUUGUUUGCUGAGGUUAGAGUGGAAAAACCUGAGUGUCCUGCACAGAGCCCUGACCUGACCUCAGCCCUACUGAACACUAUUAGGAUGAACUGGAACACUGACUAAACCCCAGACCUCUUCACCUGACAUCAUGGAUAAAGGACCAAUGGAAAGCCUCCCCAGAAAAGUGGAAGUAUAUAUUGUAACAGUAAAAGAAGAACUAAAUCUGGAAUGAAUUGUUCAAUAAGCACAUACUGUAUACUGUAGAUCUCAGAUAUCCUGAUACUUUUGGUCACAUUGUCUAUAAAGCACAUUAAUAUUGGUGAUAUAGUUCAUUAUUCAAAGAAAACUGUAUAAACUUUACAAACCAAUCAAAUGUAUGUGUCUAUACGCUACUCUACUCUCUAAACCUUUUGGAUUAGUUGUGCAUAAAGCAGCGUAUAAUCAACUUUUUUUAAAAACUUGGUGUAGCUAGACAGGCUAGUCAUCUAAAAAAACAUUCUAGCUUGCUAGAUACAAAGAAACCAUAUCCAUUACCUGGAGUUUAUAAAACAAUGACCCAGUUACAGAUAAACAGGCUAAACGCUGAAGCUAGCCAGCUAGCUAGCAAAUACUGAAGCUUUAUAGCUGAUGAACUAAAAAGAUGAGGUGGUUAAAAACAAGGCGCCAUAUUAAAGCUCAGCGCUAAAUAGCCCUAGCAUUGUUACAUCGUGACUUUUGGAGUGUAAAUCGUUGAUAAAGUAUUUUUUCCUGUUAGCAAUGUGUAGACAAGACCUGAAACAUACUUUCCCUUCUUAUCUGUCAUAACACUUUAGCCAUAUUCAGGCAGAUUUUGUCCAUUUGUUGUUGUAAUAUUUUUGAUUUAGCAUUUUUAGAAAAAAAAUCGUUGAAGGUUGUUUUUUAAGCUAUAAAAUCUCCAUUAAGGGCUUCUUUGACAGUAACAGUCAAUAAAUAAAUAAAUAACACAUUCAAUUACACCUUUUCUGUGCUAACACAAUUAUAACAUAUUUGUUGUGUUAAGUAUAAACCACAAUCUACACCGAUCAGCCAUGACAUUAUGACCACUGAGAGGUGACGUGAAUAAGACUGAUGAUCUCCUCAUCAUGGCACCUGUUAGUGGGUGGGAUAUAUUAGACAGCAAGUGAACAUUUUGUCCUCAAAGUUGAUGUGUUAGAAGCAGGAAAAAUGGACAAGUGUAAGGAUUUGAGCGAGUUUGACGAAGGGCCAAAUUGUGAUGGCUAGACCACUGGAUCAGAGCAUCUCCAAAACUGCAGCUCUUGUGGGGUGUUCCAGGUCUGCAGUGGUCAGUAUCUAUCAAAAGUGGACCAAGAAAGGAACAGUGGUGAACCGGCGACAGGGUCAUGGGCGGUCAAGGCUUAUUGAUGCACGUGGGGAGAGAAGGCUGGCCCGUGUGAUCCGAUCCAACAGACGAGCUACUGUUGCUCAAAUUGCUGAAGAAGUUAAUGCUGGUUCUGAUAGAAAGGUGUCAGAAUACACAGUGCAGGACGGGUCAGGGUAGCAAAAUAGGCACCAACACAAUAUUAGGCAGGUGGUCAUAAUGUUAUGCCUGGUCGGUGCAUGUCUUUUUUUGUUCCAAAUAGAUACAAGUGUGUGUUGAACCGAGAUAACCUCGUACCUGUUCUUGGUUAGUUUACGUCCACAAACUUGAAUGUCUUCAAAUGAAUUUCCUUGCAUUGUUUUAAUCUGCGUGUAAGAUUUGCCCGAUGGCCAUUCAGUCAUUCAUUCAUUCAAUCAUUAACCACACACACAUUUCCAGAGGCACCAUAGUAAUAAAAUAUCACAAAGCUCUCACAUCACACGAUUCAACCACUUCCUUUUUAAAUCUGCUUUGUUGGUUUAUAGGUCAUUCAUUGACUCCAACUGAAUGCUUUCAGACACUCCCUGUUUAAUGAAAGCAGAAAGUCGUGUAGAUUACAAAAGGAGGAGGAUGUGUGAUGAUAUUUAGUGUAACUUCAGGAUUGCGAGUGCGAGAUUGAUUUUAUACAACAGUUCUAUGAACUAGAAAUUUAUAUAGACUAAGUGACGUGAUAUUCAAACACAAUACGGACAAAUUUUUGGAUUAUUUUUGCUCUGAUAGCGGAAAUAGACCCCAAAGAAGCCACUUUGACUGUAUAUCUCAUCAGUUAGCUCUCUAGCUAGCAGACGCUGAUUUUGAACAUUCUCGUUAAAGGUGCUUAAGGUGUCUCUUCUUGCUUUUAUCUUCAUUUGACAAGCUUUCCUAUUUUAAUGUAUUGUUGUGAUGCUGAUGUGGCUAACUCUACUGCACUGUAUAUGAUGAACACAGACUAAUGGAGUAAUAUACACAGUGAAUUGUCUCAGUGUGGCUAAAUACAGCACUCUUGGAAUCCCAACCAAUCAAAAUUAGAGAACUGGACGUAACUGUUGUAAAUAAAGGAUGUGUCCAAACCCCAGUUUUCGGAAAAUCCUUCCUAUACCAGCAUGAUUAAAAAUCAAACUGAAGA